CUCCCUAGUAGACCUACAGUGUGGAUUAUUCCAUCAGAAGAAACUAGAGUGGAGCAUCCACAGACCUUCAACGCGUUCAAAAAUAAAGGAACAUUUUCUGCCAGACUGCCUCGUUUCUCCACCCUCCCGCGCUCUACGUUCGCUAUGACAUCAACCCACAAUGCACCGCACUGUUUGCCGUUUACUCUCCGUCUCCGCGGCGACAGCGGCGAGCGCGGCCCCUUAUGCAAACGAAACCGGAAGAAAACGUCAUCUUUGGCCAAUCUCAGCGCUCUAAAGUGACAUAAUGGAAUUUUUAGGGAUAGAAAACUUGCAAAUGCGUACUGACGCCCAUAGAUAACACCUCUCGCGCGGGGAGAAGCAAGGAUAUCAUAAAACAAUAUCAUUAAUCGAUUAAAAACAAACGUUCGCGGCAAGAAUUUUGAACGUUAAAGAUCAUCUAAAUGAGUCGUUUGGACGGCAGACCCAGCUCACCCCUCUGUAGGGUGUAGGAUGGGAACAAGUCUUUACCCAGACGAGGACAUCCGAGGAAUAUCACGCUAUAUUAUGAUGAAGAAAGACAUGAGUUUGAACCUAAACGACCAGAACAGCUCCAACCUCAAGCCAGAUCUGAGGGAUGCCGAAGGGAUUCUCAAUUCGCCCGAUUUAGGGCUCCUCAAGCUGGCUUCUCCGGAGCUGGAGAGGCUGAUCAUCCAGUCCAACGGGAUGGUGACCACCACGCCGACCUCCCAGUUCGUCUAUCCGAAGUCGGUAAGCGACGAGCAGGAGUUCGCGGAGGGCUUCGUCAAAGCCCUGGAGGACCUUCACAAGCAGAACCAAUUGAACGGCGGCGCGUGCGUUCCUCCGACGCUCGGCAGACUCGCCAGCAGCACCGCGCUCGCCUUGCCCACGGAUCUGCCCGUGUACACGAACUUGAGCACGUAUGGGAGUACCACGGUGAACUAUUCCACGGAAACCAUUCCGUUCCCUCCGCCGCCGCCGCCGGCGCCACCGAUGACCGCGCAAACGCAGCCGUCGCUAAAAGACGAGCCGCAAACCGUUCCAGACAUGCAGAGCUUCGGCGACAGUCCGCCGCUUUCCCCCAUCGACAUGGACACGCAGGAGCGCAUCAAAGCCGAGAGGAAGAAGCUGCGCAACCGGAUCGCCGCCUCCAAAUGCCGCAAGCGGAAACUAGAGCGGAUAUCCAGGCUGGAAGACAAAGUGAAAACCCUGAAGAACCAGAACACGGAGCUCGCGUCGACGGCGAGCGUGCUGAGAGAGCAAGUGGCGCAGUUAAAACAGAGAGUGAUGAACCACGUCAACAACGGCUGUCAGUUGCUGCCUAAUCAAGUGCAAGCAUAUUAGAGGACAGUCUUUAUGUAUCAGUGUUUGGGUGGUUGACGAACGACAUGCUCUGGGUUUGGUUAAACGUCACAUUUCCACAGCAGUGCACGAGAGGCCGAGGAUAGCACGACCUCGAGUGACUGAAAUAUUAAGCUAAUCCACUUCCGCGAAAAAAUAUAGUCCCGGGAUCGACCACAACGGGAUCGACCUUCAGCAAAGAAAUGAACUUUAUCUGUUAUUUGUGGUUUUUAAUUGGCUGUAGCAUGUUUGAUUGGACAAGCAGCGUUCCUAACAUUUAGUUAAGUAUUAGUCCGCCUUGUGUGACAGCUGUCAUUUUGCGCGUUCGACUCUGUUUUGGUUUCGUUUGGAACUAUUUUCGUUGCUUUUAUUACAGUAAUAGACCUUUUUUAAUUUUUAUUAAACAAUCAUUAAGUACCAUCAACAUUGCUAUGCGGUGCAACUAGCGAUUGAUGAUAAGGUGAACGCUGAUUAAUCAUCAUUCAGGACCGGAACUGUAUCUGUUUUAUGUCACAUACUUUUAAAAAGCGUUCCUAAAGUUUUCAUAAAACAUCAUUGGGAAGUUCACCGUUUGUAUCAAUCCGCUGUGCGUUGCUUAGCAACACAAUCUUGUUUUGGUUUCUUUUGGAACUAUUUUCGUUGGCGGUGUUUUUAUAUUCAUUCAAUUAUUAUAUAAAUUGCAAUCAUUCCGAUAGAAAGUACAGUCCUUGACUAAAUGUUGCUAUGCAACAAAACUAAAAUAAAAAAGUUUUUGAUAUGCUAAAAGGUGUUUUGCGUUAUAGCCGUUUUUUGUAUUUACACACUACUGGAACGCUGCAUUGACCAAUCAUCAUCCAACUUUUUUAUAUUGGCCUAUACAACAGUUAGGUCUCCUACACUAGUUUAAUUGCGCAAGCAGUAUUUCUAAACACUGUAUCACUAACUUGUUGACAGCUUCUUCUGGAACUAUUUUCUUUGGCAGAGCAGCAGCAAAAUGACUGGCUAUAUAAUGUCAGUUACUCGAUAUGAAUGGCUGUAUUAAAGCAAUAUCACAUAUCACAUUGCUUAAAUACACAUACGAGUGCAUCAAAACCCACAGUGUUGGUGAUGAAGUGAAUUCAUAUCGGCUGAAACAUUAUUCUGAGCUCCGCAUGUCCAGUCAACGACCCAUUCACUGAUGCAUAAAGCUCACAGACUGAACUGAUCUCUCUCUUCCAGUGGCCGAGCGUUCUGGUUGGACUUUUGAAAUGGACACUACAGGUGCUGAUGUAUUAUAUGUUUACAAUAUUUUGUAGCAAACGGACUGUGUGCUACAUGGUUUGAUCUCAUGAGAGAAGCAGCUGUAUUUUUGCAUGCUCCAGACAAGCUCCAAAUGAGUGCAACCAAACACAACAAAGAUGUCAUGCAUGUAUUGCUUCAUGUCCAAGGCCUUAUUAAUCAACGUCUGUAUCGAUUUUAUAUACAACUACUCACACAAUGUCUUAUUUUAUGCUCUUUUGGAUUUAUGUGUGUCGUGUUGUAAAUGUAAACGUUUCACCUGUCACACGUCCUGUACUGCCUUGUAUGUACAUUAAUGUCACAUUAAACCUGUUCAAUUCA